AUGAAUGCUAAAAAAAACAGCACUAAACGAAAAACGCUGCUCCCUCGGAAUGAUAAUAAACCGUUACUAAAUCAAAAAGUUAAAACUAAAUCGUCUACACUUAGAACGCCUAAUCAAAACGCUAAUGUCGCAAUUCUUGAAAACACGUGUAAUCAUAUUUCAAAUAUUGACCUUGACAAUGAGGUAAAACAAUGUUCAACCACAAACAAUAAUAAGGCAAAUGAAAAACAAGAUGGUUCUAAUCCAAUUUUGGAAUUAAAAGAAGAAUCUCAAAACCCGGAACUUCCAAAAAUGAGCAGCUUUAACACCAGAUAUCAGCUAAAUUCUAAAAACUAUGUUCAAGAACUUCAUAAAGCAUUGAUAAAAGAGUGUAACUAUAAUUUAUUAGAUUAUACCUCUUUAAACGCAUCAUUAGACUUUGAGACAUUGACCAGUGUCACUAGUCGGACGUUGAAUGCUAUAAAGGAUCAAAAAAUAUUUUCGGUAUUAGGAUAUUUUCCAACAAUUUCUCUAGAACUGAACAACCGUGGUUGGGUGGAAAAACGAGAUCCGUACAGACCACCAACAAAUUAUUCUCAUUAUUUAAAAUCACCACCAUAUAUGGUCAAUUGGAUCGAAUCGCCUCCACUGAUAUCGCCCAUUAAUGAAAAUGAAGCUAUCAUAGAGCGCCUGAGAAGCGCUCAAUCUUGGAGUAUUCUUAAAGAUAAAAAAUCGGAUUAUAUUUUCGUCACAAGAAAACGGUUGAUUAACUGGUCCAAUUUAAGUGAAUUGACAUCAGUCAGUCAGAUGACGAGACACGUGUUUUGUACUAAAAAUGGUUUGGCACAAUGUUUGGAAUCUUACAAAAAUGCGGUUACAAAUUUGAUGUUUCCGAGAUGUCAUUAUAUUCGAUCUGAAGCUGACAGUGAUGCGUUUGUGGAAGAUUACAUUACAACAGCGUUAGUAAGCACACUGAAGAUUAUUGUUAAAGCGAUUGAGAAUAAUAAAAAGAUUUUCACUGAAAAUGGCAAUAUCCCAUACACAAUUAUUGAUUUUGUGAAACGAUGUGUAUCAAAAUUUUUGAGUAUACAAAUGACUGGUAGUACAGAAGUAGACAUGUGGAUGUUUAAUAGUCAAAAAGAAGUAUGGAGCGAAUUUAUGAUUCAUUACACAAAACUGAUUAUCGAUAGUAAUGCCAAAUUUGAUCAUAAGUAUACAUAUGAAUUAGAACUAGAUGUUUAUGCAAAAUGUAAAUAUUUACUAGAAAACGUGAAAAACUAUUGUCCUCAACAUUAUAUAGAUGGGAUUACUAAUACAUGGAUUAUGAAACCUUCUUCAAACUGCUCUGGUCACGGCAUUAUGUUGUCUAGAGAUUUGCAUACAAUAAAACGAAAAAUUUCAGAAUCAGGUGUUUUGAGGAAUAAUUAUAUUUUACAAAAAUAUAUAGAAAGACCACUUUUGGUCUAUACAUGUAAAAUUGAUUUGAGACAAUGGUUUUUAGUGACCAAUAUGAGUCCAGUAGUUGUGUGGAUGUACAAAGAAGGUUACGUCCGAUUUUGUGCCAAUAGUUUCUCCAUGCAAAACAUGCAUGAAUCUAUUCAUCUCAGCAAUGUAAGACUGCAAAUGAAAUAUCGAAAAAUUAGGAAUCCACAAGUACCCGAUGAGUGCAUGUGGGAUUACAGAGAACUACAAGACCAUUUGAGAAAAAUUGGACAAGAAUAUGUAUGGGAUGAAUUAAUAUUUCCCGGAAUGGGCGAGAGUGUUUACGCAGUGUUGAAGGCUGCUACGGACACUUCGUUUUACCGCGACAAAACUUUUCAAUUAUUCGGAGCCGAUUUCCUAAUCACUGAAAACUUUAUUCCUUAUUUGAUCGAGAUCAAUUCAAUUCCCGGACUUAAUCCGUCGACCAGCACUAUCGCCAACUUGGCGCCUAUGCUCCUUAGCGAUAUCGUGAAAGUAACGGUGGAUUACGAGAAAAACUCGAACGCCGACACGGGGCUGUUUAUGAAAGUUGUGCCAGAAAAGUGGAAACCACCAGCUGUGGUUGGGGGUUUAGGUUCCGUCGCGGUCGCGGUAAACGGCGGAAAUUCAUGUAACUUGCCGCCGGUCACCAUGGAUCACGGUGCAAAUGUUAACAACUCGUCGGUGGCCGCGGCCUUUGAACCAGCACCGUUCACGACUGGAUACCACAACCAGUGGAUGGACAGUGUGAAUAAAAAGUUGGCGGCACUUCGGCUACGGAUCAACGACCGGAAGACGCCAGACGACAGUAGUGUUCUAUGCAGUAAGCCCCGCAAUACGUGA